GGGUUUCAUUGCCGCUCACACACCCUCCGCUCCGCACUGGCAGUCCGGGUGCGGGUGCUGUGCCGGUGAUUUGGUUCCAGACUCCAGCAGGACGCUCCUGAGGACACACCUGGAGGGUGACAGCACUGGACUCCGGGCCGCAGCUACAGAGAGCAGAGUUUACAAGCGUUGGAAAACUUAAAGAAGAAGCGUUGAACUGAUUUUUCUUCACCUCGCCUAUGCUGAGGCUACCUGUGUGGACUUGCCCGUAGCCCGUCUGGAGGACUCGAGGGGGAGUCGAUUCGAGGAGACACACCUUGCUUCACCUGUGUGGCUCUACGGCGCCCCCCGCCCCGCUCCACCCUCUCUCUCUCUCUCUCUCUCUCUCUCUCUCUCUCUCUCUCUCUCUCUCUCUCUCUCUGAAAGCGGAGGAAUAAUCGAUCCGAGCUCUGAAAUGUCGGCAAAUGAGAGAGCGACCCGGGCACUGAGAGAGAUCCUGCAAAAGCCUGGAAAUGAGGUGUGCGCAGACUGCGGCGCACCGGAUCCCGGGUGGGGCUCCUGCUCCUUGGGGGUGUUCAUCUGCCUGGCCUGCUCAGGGAUCCACCGCAACAUCCCAGACAUCAGCAAGGUCAAGUCCCUGAGCCUGUCCCGCUGGGAGGACCACGAGAUUCUGUUCAUGGCUGAGAAUGGUAAUGAGCUGAUGAAGAGUAAAUAUGAGGCUGCCGUUCCAGUCUACUACUACAAACCAACCCACAAAGACUGUCAGGUGUUGAGGGAGCAGUGGAUAAGAGCAAAGUACGAGAGGAAAGAGUUCUCUGAGCCGGGGAACAGUUUUACAUAUGAGGAAGGAACUAGAGAUGGCAUGCUGAUGAAGAGAGGGCGGGACAAUGGGCAGUUCCUGAGCAGGCGAUUUGUCCUCUCAGAGAGGGAGGGGACUGUGAAGUACUUCACCAAAUAUGACGCUAAGGAACCCAAAGCAGUGAUCAAAGUGGACACCAUCAAUGCAACCUUCCAGCCAGAAAAGAUAGGAAAUCCCAACGGCCUGCAGAUCACCUACCUCAAAGACUACAGCACCCGCAACAUCUUCGUCUACCAUGAAAGCGGCAAGGAGAUCGUAGACUGGUUCAAUUCAAUUCGAGCAGUUCAGCUUCACUAUCUAAAGGUGGCCUUUCCUGGGGCGACGGACGCUGAGCUGGUACCCAAACUAACCCGCAACUUUCUGAAGGAAGGAUACAUGGAAAAGACGGGUCCCAGGCAAACAGAAGGUUUCAAGAAACGCUGGUUCACUCUGGACCACAGGCGACUCAUGUAUUUCAAAGAUCCACUGGACGCCUUUGCCAAAGGUGAAGUCUUCUUGGGGAACAGAGAGCACGGUUACAACGUCUCCCCCGGCCUGCCCGCUGGCACCCACUGCAAUGGUGCCUGGCAAUACGGUAUCACCAUAGAAACACCUGACCGCAGCUUCCUGUUUACUUGCGAGUUGGAGAGUGACCAGCAGGAGUGGAUAAAACACUUCAAUAACAUCAUGAAUGCUCCGAUGUCCCCUCAGGAGUACACAAUGGAGGCCUUGUUCAAGCACAGGCCCUGAUGGGCCCAAAGCCUGCGAGACCAUCUCCCCUCCUCUCAGUCCCAUCACCGAUCUUGACACAGGAUCCACAUCAGUUCCGACUACUUUUGGGAAACUUCACUGUCUUCACUUACAUGGUUGCACUGGAGCUUGUUGCUGGUAAUGAGGUUAAGAAUGCAAACAGGAGGACCGAGGCAAUGUUCAUUGGUAAAUUAAAAUAUUUGUAAGUCCAAACGACACAUUAGCUCAUUAAUGUACUCGGGUAAUGAUUUUUAUUUGAUUUUGUUUUGGUGACAGCUUUGACAUUGAUUGCUGUGGUGUUUUUGCACUGCACUUACAAAAGGUCACCUGCCAGUGAAACGGUCUGCGCAGUACUAUGACAUAUAUCAUUUUAGAUUUUAUGUGGCUCAUAUUUGAAUUGCUCGAUGGCACUCUCAGUCUGUACAGAUACAGUGCCUGUUUCCCAUGCUAAUUCAAUAUUGGAACGUAAAAACACAACACUUCCUGUGUGCUAAAUUUUAGAUAUUAAAUUACUAUUUAAUUAGAUAUUAAAUACAAGAUUUAAGAAAAAGGCGUUAUGGUAUCAAAUUUUAAGGCGCACAGUCAAAAUGGAUCAAACAGGUGCAGAAAACAGUUGUACCUGUGGUGGAUUCAGAAUUCCUUUUCAGUUUUUUCAUUAGUUAUUUGAUGUAAACCUUAUGACUGCUCUCAUGACAAAAAACAUUUACAGUAUGAAAGAGUAUUGUGGCCCAGUUCACUGGGUGAUAGGUGUGUCAUCCUGAAUGUGCUGUUUCAGUUCAAAAAGUCUGUUUUCCUUUCAGCUGCCAACCGACAGUUUACAUCAUGAAUUCAACAUAAGUUUUAUGCUUUUGUCUGUUGUUUUCUUCAAAGAACAGGCAAAUGUUGGGUUGAGUUUUCGAUGCUUGAGUACAUCUGUUAAAGAAGUACUUGAAAGACUCUGAAACACUGCCAGCUGCAUCAUGGUCGAACAGCGCCUCCAUGUGGCGUACAGCGCAUAAGUCUGUGUUAAAACAAGUAAAAAUUCCACUAGUAAAUUAUUUUCCCUGUUUUUAUAGAUAUCAAACAGAUUACAGAUACCCUCUACAUUUUUAUGGAUAUCAAACAACCAGUUGAUACAUUUAAGUGAUAUAUUUUUGUUUUUUCAGUUUUUCAGUUAAAAACUCACAUUUUGUGUAAUUCUGGUGCCAUACAUUAUUUUAAAGGCAUACAUAACAUAUGAAAUUAUUGAUAAUCACAAAUAAAAAAUAUUCUUUCUGAAUGUUGCCAAGGGCUCUUUACAUAUUUGUCUGGCAGUUUUGUGGCAUUAUCACCCGCCUCAAAUAUCAGACUGAUGUUAACUUAAAAACUGAGGUUCAACUUGUGAUUAAUGCACAGGCAGAAAACAUCUAAAAACUGUUUAUACUGCAAGCCAUAGAGAAAAAUAUUUGAUGGAUGAAGGGUGACAUUCAGCAGAAACCUAGAUGCUUGUUUUUUAUGGUUCUGAAGAUUUUUUUUUAAGUUUUUUUACCUCUACAAUUAACUGAAAUUAAUAAAUACGCUCCUUUAUUAAGUAAUAAUCCCACAGUGG